AUGAAAUAUAUAUAUUUGCAAAGCCGAAUAUUCAUACGAGCAAAUCGGAGGAUAGCCCAUCAAAAGUGCUUACCUCAGUUCGGGGAGUGGACUUUCGAGAAACAAGGACUGAGUAAAUAAAAUAAUGAGUUCCCACGGCAAGCUUCUGCACCACCGUCACCACUUCCACGGCCACCGGCGGGAGUAUCUCCCUGUCAAACCCACCGGAGUUCCCGCUUUUUACUUCCGGAGAAAUUGCUCCCAUUUUUCAGGAUUGCGUCUGAGGAACUCAGGCUUCGUGGAGUUAAAUGUAGGUGGGAUUUCUAGAUUAUUAUUAAUCAGCAAGUGUGGGCCUGAUAAUUUAUCGCCGGAAUGGCAUCCUAAUCACGCAUCCGAACCCCCUAAGGAGGGCACUUCCUUGAUGACCGUCUUGAAGGGUGCAAACUCUUUUCUACCUCAAGUGGUUCUAGCAAGUACAGUUUUGGCUCUUGUAUACCCACCUUCAUUUACAUGGUUCACUAACAGGUAUUAUGCUCCAGCAUUAGGCUUUCUGAUGUUUGCAGUUGGAGUUAAUUCAAGCGAGAAAGAUUUUCUUGAAGCAUUCCGUAGACCAGCAGCCAUUUUUGCUGGGUAUAUUGGGCAGUUUGUUGUAAAGCCCCUUCUUGGGUAUCUUUUCGGCACAGUUUCUAUGACUAUAUUUGGUCUCCCAACCUCCUUAGCUGCUGGGAUCAUGUUAACCUCUUGUGUUAGCGGGGCACAACUCUCGAAUUAUGCCACUUUUCUAACUGAUCCACAAAUGGCCCCUCUUAGCAUUGUCAUGACAUCUCUUUCCACUGCUACUGCGGUCUUCGUCACCCCCUUCUUGUCCUUAUUGCUUAUUGGCAAAAAGCUGCCGGUUGAUGUGAAAGGAAUGGUUUCCAACAUCCUACAAAUUGUGGUCACUCCUAUUGCAACUGGGUUACUUUUAAAUAGAUUCUUUCCUAAAAUUUGUAACGCAAUUCGGCCGCUUCUGCCUCUGCUUUCAGUUUUCGUGACUGCUCUUUGUGUUGGAGCUCCACUUGCUAUUAACGUAGAGGCGGUAAUGUCACCUUCUGGGAUAUCGGUGCUGCUGCUGGUGAUUGCAUUUCAUUUGUCAGCAUUCAUUGCUGGAUUCACUCUCACUGGUCUGGUCUUCCAUGAUUUGCCUGAUGCCAAAGCUCUGCAAAGAACACUAUCCUAUGAGACAGGCAUGCAAAGCAGUCUACUGGCCCUCGCACUUGCAAAUAGGUUUUUUCAAGAUCCACUCGUCAGCAUUCCUCCUGCUAUUUCUACCGUAAUAAUGUCAUUGAUGGGAUUCUCUCUCGUAAUGCUAUGGGCUCGAAGAAAAGAAACUGCUGUCCAAUGAUAUGAAGAAACUAUUGGCGUAAACGAUCCGGAAUUUACACGUUUAUGAGUGUAACUUCAACCCGUUGUUCUGGACAAGGGAGAGGAAAUACAAUCAGAGCACUUCUUGGUGGAACGAUGUGAGGCAUGGAACACUACUCAGUCAAUAUGUUAUUCUACUGUACGAUGGCUCUGUAAGUGCUAGAAAUGAAAAGUUCAGUUCAUUCUUCCAUGCUAGAAAGUUAGUAAUAAUAUCCUGCUGCCGGGUACGCAAAAGCAAUUACUGCCUAUCAAAAAGCUACCGACCGUGUAAGAUUCAGUUUUCGUAGUCUAUAUAUUGAGAGGCAUGUUUCCUGCCAUGUAUCAUCUGCUAGGGAUCAGGAGCCAUGUUUUUUAUUGUAUUUUGGAUUGUGAAUUGGGCAAGAGCUGGAUUUCAUAGCAAAAACCCGAUGAGCCAUGCGUUUGCGGUCA